UCUCACUUGCGGUUGCCUCUUCAAGCAAAUCCUUUAUAAUUAAAGAGAAAUCAUUAUAAUAAUCAAAAUUAAUAAGUUUCCUUGUCAGUCAUGACUCUUUCAAGCUUCCAUUUUUCACUAUCUCAAAAAAGCGCCAAAGGAUAAAGGAAAAGCUUUCAAUGGAGAAAUCUGGGUAUGGAAGAGAUGGCAUUUACAGGUCUUUAAGGCGACCUCUAGUUCUUCCCAAGGAACCAAAUCUUUCCAUGGUUUCUUUUCUCUUCAGAAACGUCUCUUCUUACCCUGACGAACCAGCCCUCAUUGAUGCUGAUUCCAAUGAAACUCUCUCUUUCUCCCAGUUCAAAUCCACUGUCAUCAAGCUCUCCCAUGCUUUUCUCAAUCUGGGUAUCGACAAAAGCGACCGAGUCUUGAUCUUUGCACCCAAUUCAAUCCAGUUCCCUCUUUGUUUCUUUGCUAUAACAGCCAUUGGUGCCAUUGCUACAACUGCGAACCCCAAUUAUACUUUCAACGAACUCUCAAAACAAAUCCAGGAUUCCACUCCGAAGCUUGUUGUCACUAUCCCUGAAUUGUUUGACAAAGUUAAAGAUUUCAAGCUCCCUGUAAUCUUGCUUGGUUCUAAAUGGAACCAACAAUCAUCUGUUGUAAAAAAUGUCCCAAAAAUCUUGUCUUUUCAUGAUCUUCUCUAUUUAGCAGGGAAUGUAACAGAAUUUCCUGCGGUUUCUGUUAAGCAGACUGAUACAGCAGCGCUUUUGUACUCUUCAGGCACUACAGGGGUCAGUAAGGGUGUUGUUUUGACACAUAGGAAUUUCAUAGCAACGGCUUUGAUGGUGACCAUGGAUCAAGAACUUGCUGGGGAUAUGCACUGGGUUUUCUUGGGUGUUUUGCCUAUGUUUCAUGUGUUUGGAUUGGCGGUUAUCGUAUACGGGCAGCUGCAGAAGGGAAAUGCUUUGGUGUCGAUGGAAAAGUUUGAUUUUGUGAUGUUUUUGAAGAACGUGGAGAAGUAUAGAGUUACACAUUUGUGGGUUGUGCCUCCAAUUGUGCUUGCUAUGGCUAAGCAGAGUGUGGUUAAGAAGUUUGGUCUUUCCACGCUGAGGCAAAUUGGUUCUGGUGCUGCACCUCUGAGGAAGGAGUUGAUGGAGGAGUGCGCAAAAAAUUUUCCUCAGGCUGUGGUUAUGCAGGGCUUCGGAAUGACUGAAACUUGUUCCAUUAUCUCAGUGGAGAGUCCUACAGUUGGUGUCCGACAUACUGGUUCAACUGGAAUGCUUGCAUCAAACAUUGAAGCUCAAAUAGUCAGUACAAAGAAUCUCAAGUCUCUUUCUCCAAAUCAAUUAGGGGAAAUAUGGGUUCGAGGGCCUAAUAUCAUGCAAGGUUACUUCAACAAUCCAGAGGCAACAAAACUGACAAUAGAUGCAGACGGUUGGUUACAUACAGGAGAUCUUGGAUUCUUUGAUGAUGAUGGGAAUCUCUAUGUUGUUGACAGAAUUAAGGAGUUGAUCAAGUACAAAGGUUUCCAGGUUGCACCAGCAGAGCUUGAAGGGCUACUUGUAUCUCACCCUGAAAUAUUGGAUGCUGUUGUCAUCCCCUAUCCUGAUGCUGAAGCUGGUGAGGUCCCAGUUGCAUACGUUGUACGCUCCCCCAACAGUUCUCUGACUGAAGCAGACGUGCAAAAUUUCAUCGCUAAACAAGUGGCACCUUUCAAAAGAUUACAGACGGUGACAUUCGUAAGCAGUGUCCCAAAGUCAGCUUCAGGGAAAAUCCUGAGGAGAGAACUAAUAGCCAAAGUACGAUCCAAAAUGUAAAAUCCUAUGAUUCUGUUUCAACACAAACUAGGGGUUUAUUUAAAGUUGUCUUUAUUUAAUUGUGGAAAAAUUACAAUGACAAAAGAUUGUUGCUAAAUUAUCACAAUUGCUGGGCCAAUAAUUAGACUUAGCAAGGCUGCAAUGCUUUAAUCAUCUACCUGUAAGCUGGGAACAUAUAUCCCUUCAAGAACAAGCCCCCUAUAUUUUCUUGUUAGGGGAAGCAAAACAUAACAAAUUCCUCACUUAAUUUUGAAACAAAUUCUUGUUUUUUCCCUCUAGCUACUCCAUGAACUCCGCACUUUUCCACAAGCCACCUUGUCAAAAAUUGUGC